CUUCUCCUUAUGGACUCUUCAAACCAAUGUCGUCCAUUGGUGUCAUCCAAUCUCGCGAUUUGAGCUUCACGAGUCUAGCUUCACAGAUCAGGGAAUGCAAGCGCCUUGACCGGGCAAGGCAAAUCCAUGCAAGAAUUCUCACGAAUGGGCUCAAGAGCAAUGUUUUCCUGUCGAAUCUUGUUAUCCAGAUGUACACCAGGUGUGGCAGCGUCGACGAUGCCUGGCUUGUGUUCCAGGGCCUUGAGCAGCGCAAUUUCUUCUCCUGGACACAUAUCAUUGCAGCAUUUGCCCAGACAGGGGAUUUUGAGAGAGCGAUUAGUGUGUUCGAGACAAUGCCUGCUAAGAACACCGUCUCGUUUAACAUCGCGAUUGCGGCAUUUGGGCAGCAGGGGAAAGUUGGUAGAGCCGAGGAGAUUUUUGUUUCCAUGGAGUUUGUGACGCUGGUCUCUUUAAACUCAAUGCUCACAGCAUAUGCCCACAACGGGUAUCUGUCGAAAGCGAAGCUUCUCUUUAAUUCCAUGCCAGAGAAAAACGUAAUCUCCUGGAACUCUAUGAUGCACUGUGUUAGCGAGCACGGAAAAUUGUCCGAGGUUAAAAGGAUUUUCAAUCAGAUGCCGGCUUGGAGCGUGAUCUCGUGGAACAUCCUUGUGACAGCAAAUGCCCAGAGAGAAAAUUUGGAACACGCAAGAACUCUUUACAAUCAGAUGCCCGAGUGGUGCCUCUCUUCGUCCAAUGCGCUCAUCACUGCGCUUGCGGAGAACUCACUCCUCGCCCAAGCCACAGAUCUGUUCAACCUAAUGCCCUGGCACGAUAUUGUGACCAAGAACGCGAUGAUCAAGGCACUGGCUGAGAAUGGGUGCCUCGUCCUUGCUCGUAAGUUCUUCGAUUCCAUCCCGGAGAGAGUUCUCGCUUCAUGGACACUGCUGUUGCAAGGUUACGUGGAGAAUUUCGAGCUGGAAGACGCUAAAAUAGUUUUCGACUCCAUGCCAAAGCAUGACGUAGUCUCUCAAACUGUUAUACUUCGUGCAUAUGCCCAAGAAGGGUAUUUGGAGGAAUCCAAAGUCUUAUUUGACACCAUGGAGGCCAGGAAUUUGGUGUCAUGGACAGGAAUAGUUCAAGCAUAUUCUUUGUGUGGGUAUCUAGAGGAGGCAAAGUAUAUGCUAGAUUCUAUGCCCGAGCACGACAUUGUAUGCUGGACUGUUCUCUUCACAGCAUAUGCCCAAAAAGGGCAUAUGCAGGAAUUUCUUACUACCGUCUGGAAUAUGCCGGGUCACAACGUUGUGUCAAGAACAGCGACCGUGGUGGCGUUUGUCCAAAGUGGUAAUCUCGAUCGAGCGAUGGCGCUUUUUGAUGCGAUGAGCGAGAGGAAUUUGGUCACCUGGACUACUCUAAUCGUAGCAAAUGCCAAUGGCGGCAAUGGCGGGCGCGCGCUGGAGCUCUUUUGGGCGAUGGUCUUGGAUGGAAUCCAUCCCGACGAGAUCGCUUUCACUGGCGCUUUGAUCGCGUGCGACCACAUCGAUCUGGGCUGGAGCUACUUCGUGUCGAUGGGCUACAAUUUUGGGCUCCGCCCUCGCAAGGAGCAGUUUUGCUGCGUGCUGGAUCUGCUGGGAAGAAUGGGGCAUCUCGAUCAGGCCGAGGAUCUCAUCCACAGCAUGCCAUUCGAGCCGGAUUUGAUGGCCUGGGGUGCGCUGAUGGGCGCGUGCCGGAUCCACCGAGACCUCGAUCGCGGCGAGCGCGUCGCAAAAGAAUUGCUCGAUCUAGACCCCGGAACCGCCCACGUCUUGCUCGCACAGAUCUACGCCACCAAGCCCAAAAAUUCAAAGAACCCUAGAUGCCCAAAAUGAUUCUCUGUACGGAAUGGGCCGUGUUUGG